AUAGCCAACAUAAGAAAAAACACGUUUAUAUAUUCUUCAGGUUCUUUAACUUAUCUGUGCACGGCCAUUUUGUUAUUAGUCUGUAGCUUUCUUUUUCUUUCAAAACUGACCCUCGAACUGAGGCGACAUUAAUCAUGGGUCGUGUGAUUCGUGCCCAGCGUAAAGGUGCCGGUUCGGUCUUCGUUUCUCACACCAAGAAGAGGAAAGGAGCGCCUAAACUUCGUUCCUUGGAUUACGCUGAACGACAUGGUUACAUUAAGGGAGUAGUAAAGGACAUCAUCCAUGACCCUGGUCGUGGUGCUCCCCUGGCCGUGGUUCACUUCCGUGACCCCUACAAGUUCAAGACCCGCAAGGAGCUGUUCAUUGCUCCCGAGGGCCUGUACACGGGCCAGUUUGUUUACUGUGGAAAGAAGGCUACCCUUGAAGUCGGAAAUGUGAUGCCCGUUGGAGCUAUGCCUGAGGGUACCAUUGUCUGCAACUUGGAGGAGAAGAUGGGUGACCGAGGCCGGCUGGCUCGUGCCUCUGGCAACUUUGCCACAGUCAUCGGACACAAUCCUGAUGCCAAGAGGACCAGGGUCAAGCUGCCCUCUGGCGCCAAGAAAGUAUUGCCCUCUAGCAACAGAGGCAUGGUUGGUAUCGUCGCCGGUGGCGGUCGUAUUGACAAGCCCAUCCUGAAGGCCGGUCGCGCCUACCACAAGUACAAGGUGAAGCGUAACUGCUGGCCGUACGUGCGCGGUGUUGCCAUGAACCCUGUGGAGCAUCCUCACGGUGGUGGUAACCAUCAACAUAUUGGUAAGGCAUCGACGGUCAAGAGAGGUACAUCGGCUGGUCGCAAGGUCGGUCUCAUCGCCGCGCGCAGAACCGGCAGGAUCCGUGGUGGCAAGACAGACACCAAGAAGGAGGCGUAAGCGGGGAGGUAAAGAAGACUUUGAAAAUAAACAGAAAAUCAA